UCCACCACAAAGUCGCGUGGACGUUCAGUCCUCGCGACCACAAACUGUAGUAUCGGAGGAGUGAAUCGAGUCGCGCUCGCGGCCGGUUUAGCCGUGCGGCACAGCAGCAGGCGGCUAAGAACGCAGCGAUGCAGGCGCGCGCUUACCCCGCGCACUUGCCGGGGAGCGGGCCACUGCCGGGCGUGGUCGGCACCAGCCGCGGCGGCCUGUUCCCGUGCGGCAGCCUCGGCAGGCGAGCUCCCGCGGGCCGAGGCGGCGCCACCAGCGUCGUCUGCGCCGUUGACGGGGCUUCCGUUGCGGCCGCCGCCUCCGCGGUCGCCGAUUCCCCGCUCCCGCCCGCGCAGGUCACCUGGCAGAUCGUCGUCGGCGCUGUAGCUGGAGUGACGCCUUUCGUCGUUGCAGGGGUCGAGUUCGGCAAAAGAAUCAUCGCACAAAAGAAAUGCGAAGUCUGUGGAGGCUCUGGUCUUGUAAUGAAGAAAGAUAAUUACGUCCGAUGCCAAGGGUGUGGUGGUUUCCUUCCAUGGCAAUCUUGGCGAAGAUUCUUCACCGGAUGAACGUGGUCCUCUAGCGCGCUCCUUGCAUCAGUACUCUUAUUAUACUCUACUAGCGGUCUAGCGCUGUAACUAAAGAUGGAUGAGAGGAUCGAGCUGGAAAAAGAAAUAGGAAGAUACGGAGUACUGUAUAAUUAAAUGAUGAAGAACAUCGUGUUUGAAACACCUUGUCACUAAACCAUGAAUGAAGCAAUAUACUGUAGACAUGUAGUAGGAGUACGUAUUGCUCGUGCAUGUUGUCGGCUUACAGACAACCAAAUUGAGUUGAGAUAUGUCACUACGUACGUUAUUCGAGUUUUGCGUCCCCGUACAUGGUGGUCAAGUUUCACCGUGAGCAUGCUGGCCGUCCUAUGACUAUGAUCCCUGGAGGCUAUGGCAAUCUAGUGAAUCUACUAAACGGCUUGUCAAAUAAAUUAUAGUAAGUGCCUCUUGUGGGAAAAAAAA